AUGCUGUCAGCGAUCAAUUAUCACCGAUGGUUACCUGUUCUCACUUUGGUGGCGAUAUGGGUUGUUCUUAUCUCUAAAGGCCGACUCACUUAUUCUCCCUCUAUCGCCGAGCCGGGGUUAACCUCUCAAGCGAAUUCUACCACAGAAUCGACAAUAGAAACACCAAGGAUUGUUAUAGUUUACUCAUACACCGAAAGCGAAACGUCCAGCGAGAAUUUACGGUACUUUGUGAAGUUUGGACUUCACCAUGCAGCGGACUUUAUAUUCAUCUUCAACGGGAAGACAGACGCCUUCAGAGAAGUACCAGAAAGGGAAAACGUCCAGAUUGUGACGCGAGAGGGAACUUGCUCCGAUCUUGGGGCUCACGGCGAGGUUCUUCGCGGCAACAAUAUCUGGAAACAGUAUGACUACUUUAUUCUUCUGAAUGCCAGUGUACGGGGUCCGUUCAUGCCCUACUGGAGCAGUAGCUGCUGGUCUGACACGCUGUUGUCGAAGAUAACCCAUAAAGCCAAGGUAAAAUAUUUGGCGUUCCUUAUUUUGCCUCGUUAUUACUUCCUGCGAUGUGUGUUGCUUGUUGGAAUCACUGCGAAAUGCUGGCCACGAUUUUAUGUUCCAUCAAUGGUCUGGGCCACUGAUCAAACUGGGAUCAGCCUUUUGCUUGAUGCUUCCUUAGGACGAAGUCACUCGAUCUUCGGGGGACCUGGCGAGCUUGUUGGACUUAGCGGCUGCUACAAUACGCUUCACAGUGCCGCUCAUGCCGAGAUGGGAGCUACGUCGAUGAUCACGGGCGCGGGAUAUACCGUUGACGUCUUGAUGGCUUCUUUCCACAAAAUCGGCGAUGCUGGAAGUUAUUGUGAAUCAACACCUCCUGGAGUCCUGGAUCCACUCCGAGAGGGAGAUUAUUUUGGGUUCAGCAUUCAUCCGUAUGAGACUUUGUUCGCGAGAACCACGGCAGGUAUGAGCUCCCUUCCAGUGGAGCACCUGUCAUCUUGGAUGAAAGAUAGUGGAUAUUCAAGUUACUUAAGGUGCGGGGUGUACUAG